AUGAUAUGGAGGGGAUUGGAACACCUGAAUCACAUGAUAUGGAGGGGAUUGGAACACCUGAAUCACAUGAUUGGGAGGGGAUUGGAACACCUGAAUCACAUGAUAUGAAGGGGAUUGGAACACCUGAAUCACAUGAUAUGGAGAGGAUUGGAACACCUGAAUCACAUGAUUGGGAGGGGAUUGGAACACCUGAAUCACAUGAUUGGGAGGGGAUUGGAACACCUGAAUCACAUGAUUGGGAGGGGAUUGGAACACCUGAAUCACAUGAUUGGGAGGGGAUUGGAACACCUGAAUCACAUGAUUGGGAGGGGAUUGGAACACCUGAAUCACAUGAUUGGGAGGGGAUUGGAACACCUGAAUCACAUGAUUGGGAGGGGAUUGGAACACAUGAAUCACAUGAUUGGGAGGGGAUUGGAACACCUGAAUCACAUGAUUGGGAGGGGCGUGGACAA